AUGGCAGGCUGCUCAAUGAUGAAAGUGGAUCGAACAUUUCCUGAUCUCAAGGAGAUUCCGGUAGAUCUUGCUACUCGUUUCCGGCAGAUGAUAGAGUGGUUGGAGAUUGCAAAUUCAGAGUGUAGAUUGACUCCAUACAAAAAGAUAAGUCAUAUUUAUCAGAUUUUCCAUUCACAAGGUGUUCUUGAAUGUUUAUUUAGGAGAGGAGAAGAUGAUAUAAGUUUUAUGAUAGAGGCAUCUGUGUACUUAUUGGACCAUCCACUAGAUGGUUCAAGAUCAUCAUCUCCAACCAUUUGUGACUUUGCUGGAGUGUUGCCCACGAUUUUUGUGACCUUUAGAAACAAGCGACUUGGAACGAUGGUAUCCGGUGCUUCGGUGGAAUUCAUGGAAUUCGCGCAUCACAUUCAAGAACACAUUCAUCGUACGAGCUUUCCUGAAAUAAGAACGGCCGAAAUACACAAGAUUUCAUUGAUUGAUGUACGUUUUGGCAACAUGGAUCGCAAUGCCAAAAACAUUAUCGUCAAAGUAGAAGAUAACAUACCCCAUUUUGUUCCCAUCGAUCAUGAAAUGUGUUUCAUUAACACAGGGCAAAACUACAACUUGUGUAAGCCGUAUUGGUUAUCUUUGGAGGAUAGUAGUAUUUACGAAGCAUAA